AUGGCUCCUAAAGAAAUUAAGAAAGGUUUGAAAACACCAUUAACCGAGAAAUCGAGUACGUAUGGAGAAUUUGAUGAUAUUUUGAGUAGUCCACGGUCUGUUAGUCUUUCCUUAGAACUAAUAGGCGAAGGCCUCGGUCCAGGUGAUUGGUUAUUUUUGACUAUAUUUAAUGGUCAAGUCAUAUUAGAGACAAAAUGGCAUAAUAAACAUAAACUGUAUUCAGAAGCUUUACCAUUGGACUUAAAAGAAUCCUAUUAUCAAUCCUUGAUUGCUGACCAGCCCCUAAUAUUUCUAAUUCGUUUUGUUGGUGGGAAAUGUACCAAAGAUCCAGAUCCUCUUCUUAAUGUUGAUAAUCGUGCUGGAGCUACUGUCGAUUUGUUUCCUUUAAUAUUAGGUGAAGAACACAUCUUUAUCGAGGUACCUAUGAUUUACAUAAAUACAGGAUUAAAAACAGACUGUAAAGUUAAAGUUUUAGCUAAGUCAAUUGGAGAAUCAGAUAGAACUACAAUUCCUUUAAUGCUAACGAUGAUUUCCGCCCAUUGUUUACCAUCAGUAAGAGAAGGAACUGUUUUCAUAAGUGCAGUAGGUUUAAAUGACAUCUUGGAUCCUUCAUCUGUGAACUUUGGUAUGUCUUUAAGUAGUAAUAGUGCACAAAAAAUUCUAUGGGCUUCUGCAAGCAAUGGCGGUCUCGCGGCUAAUACAAGUUUUAAUAUUCCUAGAGAAGAUAAAUUUAUACCGCCAGAUUUACAAUUAAAUGACAAUGAGGCUUGUAAUUCAUUUUAUUGGAAUGCUAUGAAACGAAUUCUUGUAGAUUCUACAAAACUUCGUGAUAGAUUAAGAUCACCGUUUUUAAUUGACAUAGCAGGUGUACCAAGAGUUGGUAAAAUAGAUGUACGGGGACGAUAUAUGGCAUUUGUAGAUGCAGGAGUUCUUUUAGAACUUGGGCAAAUUGGGAUAACUACAUGUGCAAAACUUUUACAUUAUAAUGAAGCUAUUUUACCUGAUGGUAUAAGUGGUUUAUUAGAACUACCCCCAACCAGUGCAAAGAAUACUGCACGUGAAACAGACCUAGUGACAGAUGAAUAUGGUCAUAUUGCAUAUGUAGUAAUAAGAUUUGAUUUAUUUCAUCCUUUAACUGCUAACGCAAAGAUUGCUUCACUUUUUGAAGUCAUCGGAUUUCCUUCACCUCAAGGUUCUGCGAUACCUGUUGAUGAAUUAUGUAUAGACAUAUCUUCUGAUGAUACUGCUAUUGACAUAAACAAUAUAAAGAAAGAAUGUGGAGCAUUAUUUGUACACAAAGAACUAAGCGGCCUAGCCUGUAAAGGUUCUGCGCAAGUGACUCAAGGGAUCAAACGCACGGCUGCCAAUCGUCUACUAUUACGUAUAAGGUCUAUGCUCAAACAGUUUCCGCCAGCUUCCAAUUGUUCAUCAACUGAAUGGCAAGAUAUAGUUACGGCUCAGCAUGCUGCUUGUCGUCGCGCAGUGACAUCAUCAUUCGCACCCCAGACCCCACCAUCGCGUCUCUCUUCUCCAGUUGCCUCAGCUAGAUGCCGAAUAGCUGGCGAUAAAAGAAUUGCAGAACAUCACAUCGAAAAAAAUUUAGAAGCAAGUCCAGAACAACCUGGACCAUUACUUGCAAAAGUUUUACGUCUUUUGGAAGAAAGAAAUGACGAUUUGGCUCGUAACUUUCUUGUAAAAGCUUUAAGUGCUCAAACUAGGAAUCGAUAUUUGCUUUGGAUUUUUGGAGGCACUGAAUAUGGUAACGACAAUUCUGGUGAAAUAGCAGCAGCGGCAUUUCGUAUAGCUGUUAAAGGUGAUACUUCUGAUGGAACUACCGGGACAAUCGGUUGGGCAGCUUUGCAUGCAUUGCAUCACAAUAAAGGAAAUAUAUAUGCUGCUUUCGUCGCAGCACGUAAAAUGCGAAAGUCUUUUGAGUUGCCGAGGGAAUGGAUUUUUUUUUAUCACCGAUGGGUCGAAAUGAGUGGAGAAGAGGAAAGAUUCUGGAUACCAGAUAUUGUCGAUUCUAGAAAUCCAAUUCUAAUAGCUGCUGCAUUCUUUCUUUGUUUGCGGUGUUAUAAAUUUAGCGAAAGACUUCUUAAAUGUUUGGAAGAGGGUUGCUUAACAAGAGGAUCACGUUUUGACUUUAAACUUAAUAGUACUGUUGAUAUUUAUUAUUUACGAGCGGUAUCAUUGAUUUUGCGUCGCCAGUUGGAUGCAGCAUUAGAGAUGACGGAAAAAGGUAUAAAAAAGUUUGGACCAUCUGCUAUGAUGUCACAAAUGCGUGCAGUUUGCUUAACUUGUAUACGAGGAUGGGAUGGAGAAUGUGAGAGCGCUUUAGAUGAAGCAGAUCGCGCGGGAGCGAAGAUCUGUCCUACUUUACUUUUACAAGCUGCUGUAGGUGGUCUAAAAAGUAAUCCUUCAGUUUCACUGCAACGAGCAGCUCGUGCUCAUAAAAUUGCUCCUUCUGCUCAUUCAGCUCUAACCAUUGGUCGGGUUUAUGCAAAAUUAAGAGAAGAAAAGUUGGCUGAGCGAUGGGCAGCUGCAGCGGUUAAUUUAGAACCAUUGCUUUCUGAUGGGUGGGCAUUUCUAGCUUUGUUAGCUAUGUAUGAUAGGAACGUUAUUAAAGCAAUGAUGAUGCUCCGUACCGCCAAACAAGCAGGUCCCAUAAGUCCUGACAUGGAAGAAGAAUUGAAAAAAAUCAUGAAAAUCGUUCGAGUGCAAUCUCUGCCAGAUUCUAUAGUAAAAGACUUAUGUUUUUGCGAGUAUUUC